AUUGGACAGUUCCAGAUGUCGCAUGUCUGGAUGGUUACCUGCAAGUCGGCGUUAGCAAAGGCCAAACUCGUUGCACUCAGUGAUGUGAUGGUUAGAAACCGCCGCUGCAUCGUCAUAGACCCGGAGCCGGCAGAGGUCAAGAUGAAGCUCUUGUGGCUUCCAGAACGAUUGGAGGACAUCUAUAUACGUGAAGCACUUCAACCUUUCGGAAAAGUGACUUCAGUAAGCAGAGAAAGUUGGCGUGUAGCGGACAUGGAGGACAUGAAGACCCUUAACCGUGACGUUGUGCUCUCGUUAGCCGAUGGAGUCACUGUUGCGGAAAUUCCACAUGUGCUUACUGUCUGCGGCGUACAGAGUCUUCUAUUGAUUCCUGGGAGGCCACCUCUGUGCCUCCGUUGCAACAGAGUUGGUCACAUACGUCGGCAUUGCCGGACGCCUCGUUGUGAAAACUGUCGCCGUUUUGGACAUUCUGCGGAUGAGUGUGUGGUGUCUUAUGCCGAUAAGCUAAGGCACCGAACCCGGCCUCAAGAGGAUGCCGUUAAAGAGCACAUAAUGGAUGCUACGGAGGUCAUUGAUGCGAAAGGUGACCUUCCAACAGUCAACGCUAUGGACAUAAGCACAAUGAAUACGUCGGUACCAGCAGACGCGUCAACAACCAGUGUUACGUUAUCCGAGAGCACCUCCGUGUCCGAGAGAUGCGAGGCAACUGCGUGUCGGAGUGAGAAGCAGCCACUAUGUGCUGAUGAGGCGUCUCUGAACGUCAAGUCAGCCAACAACAAGGACAUCACGGCAGAUGCUGUCGUCGCUACGAGCAGUGCUCCUGACCAGCGACAUAGCCAAGGUAAUGCUCCCGUACCUGCUCUUGAGGUGUCCACUAAAAUGGACACAGCAGUUCCCAAACGCCGCGCCUCCUACGCAUCUGUGUCCUCUGAGGAAAAUGACAUCAGCGUGCCAAACCAAUCACGUGGAAGGCGACUGUCUCAACACAAAGAAAAGCAUCGACGAUCAAGCUCCAGACGGCCUGGUGGCAGUGCAAGGGAGGGUUCUCCCUCACCCUCCACGCCUGACAGCUUGGUAUAG